CCCAGAGCAUCAGGCACUAUGUUGAUUACCCCUGGGAAGGAGUCUUAGAAUACAGAAUGAAUUACCAAAAGAGACAAUGAAAUCCUUUCUGAAAGAUUUUAAGAAAAGGCAGGGAUUUUUUUUUUUUUUUAAGUGCGGGUAAACUUCAAGAGGCUCUUUUAAGUCCAAUAGUUAAAUAACUAUGUUAUACCUCUCUGGGCUGGGGCCUAGUUCCUGGCAACAUGGCUAAUGGCACCAAGAAGGUUGGGAUCAGAGGUAAACAUUGGACCCGCUAUGGUGCCUCCUUCUGGAAAAUGGUGAAGAACAUUGAUAUCAGCCAGCACACCAAGUGCACUUGGUCCUUCUGUGGAAAAACCAAGAUGAAGAGACGAGCUUUGAGGGUCUGGCACCAUGGUUCCUGUGGGAAAACAGUAGCUGGUAGUGCCUGGACCUAUAAUACCACUUCUGCUGUCACAGUAGUUGGCCACGAGAAGACUGAAUGAAUUGAAAGACCAGUAGAAGCUCCAUUUUUCAGAAGUCACAAGCCUAUAAUGGGCUAAUUUAUGCAACCAAAAAAAAAAAAAAAACUGGUAUAUUUUCCAUGUUAUGUUUGCUUUUUUUCCCCAAAAAAAAUACAUGGUAUUAAGUUCUUGGCUUUCUUCAGCGAAAUAAGUAGAAAAACAUUGGGCUGCUAUUUUCUUUUUUUAAAAGUGAAUGUAGAGCAACUAUUUUUUUGAGUAAGAAAGGGACAGUCUUCCAUUUACUGAGUGCUUAGUAAAUAGUUGUUGAAUUUAACUGGUUGGAGUAACUUACAAACAUUCCCAACAGAGCAGAGUCGUAUGUUACUAACUCGUUUGCACAA